AUGGGUUGUAAUUCAACAAAAUCAAGUGGAGAGUAGCUUGUCUAAUGUGAGGAUAUCAAAAGAAUUACAAAAUAAUCAAGUGAGUUAAUAGAAAUUUAGUAAAAUAUUCUUAAGCACUUAAAUAAAUAAUAAUGCCAAAAAAGAACUAGUGUUACGUCUCUAUAAAGUACUCUAUCAUCAAGCAGUAUAUAAUAAUUUAACAAAUAGAAAAUUCAAGGUUAAGUAUUUAAAAAUCUGAAAUGACAUUGUCUACUAUUGUUCUUUAGACAGAAAUAGGACCAUAGUAGUUAAAUAAAAAAUUGGCAUUGUGA